AUGACGGAAAAGGCGGUAGCUUCUUUUUUAGAAGAGGACGGAGGAUUUCCGGAUGAUAAGAUAUUCGACGCACUCUUGCCCAUCGCCCGUGAGCUUGAUCACGUUGUCUUUCACGACCCUGCAAAAGACAUCAAUGCGAAUUAUGACCAGCUUAUAACCGACGUGAUUCACAUGCGGCACAAGUUGAGAGAACAACUUUCAAGAUUUCUUGAUCCUCAAAAUAACUCGAUCUUUGCGGAGUCUGUGCAGAUAUGCACGCUGGAUCCUGCGAACUACGAGUAUGCUGUAGCGACAUUCGCGAUUCUGGCUCUUGGUGGAGCUGUUGUGCCUCUGCAGAUCACUGAUAAGACAUUGGGGCUAGCAACAAAUACAAGCCCUGCGCUCCUUAUACAUUAUUUACGGAGGAGCCCAGUCAAGUAUAUCCUUACGGGAUCUGACUUUCGUGAACAGGCCAGCGAGUACCAGGCUUUUUGCAACCAGAACUUCCUGCCCGCCAUCGAUAUUCAGCCAAUUUCAAUUAUGAACAGUUGUCCAGAAUGGUUGUGGAGCUUGCCUAAUCUCAAGAUCAUGAAGGGAGUGAAAAUUCCCGAAUCUCGAGAGGGUAUUGUUCUCUUUUCGUCUGGAUCAACUGGCACCCCCAAGGGAGUCAUUCACAGUCGAGAUUGUAUAGUAUGCAACAAGCCCCGUUUAAGCCCCGAGGACAGGCAUCUUUUGCAUCGCCCAGCUAGCUGGCUAGGUGGAACCAUGUCCAUGGCCCGCGUAGUACUCGGAGGUGCCAGAGCUGAGGCUAUUGACCCUUCUGCUCCGAUAGAAGAGUACUGGGAACGACUGCGGACCGACAAAAUCACCACUGUGAUCUCAACCGUCGCAUUAUGGGAGCAAUUGGCCAGGUACUAUAAAACCCAUCUCAAGACUCAUCCCGACAGAGAUAAUUAUCUCGCGGGAAUAAGCAACCUGCGCACUGCUGUAAUUUCUGCAAGUGUGCCAAUCCCUUCGCUUUUGAGAUUCUAUCGAGAAGAAAUUCAUAAGCCACUCAGCAUUACUUCGCGUGCGACAUAG